UGAGAGUGUAACGCAUAUGAAGGGCGGAACUUUUGAAAUCCCCAUUGUAUUGGUUUUAUGAACAGUUUGGAUGCUGAUAUUAGUAUGAGUGUUCCAAAUCGUCCGUCGAACUCAAAUACUACAAUCUUGUCUGAAGAUCGACCAUGUCACAGAAGUCAGCUUACAACCUCAGACACAGUGGGUCGUUCAAUGACCCUGUUACCUAUAAAUCAUAAUCAUGCUCUUCAUCACGGAAUAAAACUGAUGCCACACAUGAAUAUACCUCACCGAGAAGUAGGAGCAACCACACCUUUAGUGAAUAACUCUAGCGCAACCAGUAGCUGUUCAAUGGCACUGCCAGGAUCAAUCUCAAGUGCAUCAGAUACGGAUUGUAACGUUCUUCCCCACAACACUUCCGAUACUAGCUCAAUUGAUCUGGCAAGUCUAUUUGAGUGUCCUGUUUGUAUGGAUUAUGCAUUGCCGCCGAUUCUACAGUGCCAAAGUGGGCACAUAGUUUGCGCAUCAUGCCGAUCUAAACUGUCGUCCUGCCCAACAUGCAGAGGUAACCUAGAUAAUAUCCGAAAUUUGGCUAUGGAAAAACUUGCCUCCAGUGUGUUAUUUCCCUGUAAGUACUCUACUAGUGGUUGCCCAGAAACUUUCCACUAUACAUCAAAAUCGGAGCAUGAAGCGGUUUGUGAAUAUAGACCUUAUGAUUGUCCGUGUCCUGGUGCCUCAUGCAAAUGGCUUGGUGAAUUGGAACAGGUUAUGCCUCAUCUUAUGCACCAUCACAAGAGUAUUACAACUUUACAAGGUGAAGAUAUUGUAUUUCUCGCUACUGACAUUAGCCUUCCGGGUGCUGUGGACUGGGUCAUGAUGCAGUCUUGCUUUGGACAUAGUUUUAUGUUGGUGCUUGAGAAGCAGGAACGUGUACCAGAUCAAAUAUUUUUUGCUCUUGUCCAACUCAUUGGAACACGUAAACAAGCAGAACAGUUUGUCUACAGGCUUGAACUGAAUGGACAUCGUCGACGACUAACCUGGGAGGCCUGUCCACGUAGUAUUCAUGAUGGUGUCCAGUCUGCAAUCGCCGUAUCUGAUUGUUUAGUUUUUGAUUCAAAUACAGCUCAUUCAUUUGCUGAAAACGGAAAUUUAGGAAUUAAUGUCACCAUUUCCCAAGUUUCUCCACCUAUUUCAUAAUCAUAUACAUCUACUACAUCUUAUCGUUUUUUUUUCUAACUUUGCUGUAUGUUUUUCAUCUUUUUAUUGUUGCCGUUAGUCUUUUCAGUAUUAUGAUUUCUUACUUUUGUUGUUAUCAGUCUUUUACGGUAGCAUAGAGCACAUAUCUUCUCAUCUCUAUAUCUUUCCCAUCUAAACUGUGAAUUGUACACUAUAUUAUAUUAGUUAAUGAGUCAGUGUGUGCUCGCACACCUCCUCAAAGGAUGUGUGGCUUUAUAAUAUAAUAUAACUGCAUUUUAUUUUAUUUUUUCUGUACAACUUCCCUACUUUGUGUAUAAGUUUGUUUUCAAGCGCCUUAAAUACGAUUACUUCUCCUGUUCACGUUACUUUUGGGUCCCUACAUCACUUUAGUUGGAUCAUUUCUACCUAACCAUUCAAUGUAUUUUGUUUCCUAAUUACAUCUAGUCUGUGUGUACAUAACAGUUGAUUUCAUCUAUUUUAUUGUGAAAAAAGUUGUCUCCAUUUUCACUAUCCCCCUACAAUUACUUAAGCGUUUGUUAAAUAACCAAAUAGAUAAACAGAGGGGAGAAACAAAUUUCACUGAUAUGUUGCUUGUUGUAUUAUUUUGUUAACCCUCCUUUGUAUUCUUGUUUUCAUCCACUACUCUUUUAUAUUCUUUGUGUCUGUCGCCCAAAAUUUUCACAGACAUAAUUUCGGUUUCUAAACUCUGUGUUUUAACAGUUUGUAACAAAAACAGCUUUAUAGACAAGGUUAGUAUCAACUUGACGAAGCCAAAAAGAAAAAAACACUAAGAGUACUAUGUACUACAACAUUUUAUUUAAAUACGAUAGUUUACUUAAUUUUGAUUUUGUCAAUAACAAAUUACUUUCGUUUCUUUCCUACAAAUGACUUUUCCUUUGCUUACUGCUUAUUUAUGCAAACAUACUGAGGAAACAUACACGCACGCACGCACUUUUUCCAAACACAAACUUAAACACAGUUAAAUUUUUGAAUGGGAAUUGUGAACGGUGGACCUUAUCUUCUUGUUGCAAAAUAACUUGUGGAUAAAUUAUAGUUUGUAGUUGAGUAUACAUGUGUUUUAAAAUGUCUCAACCAGUUUAUAUAUAUUCGUGAUUCUAUGUGUGUAUCGGUUGUUGUGAUACUUUAUUCAGUGGAUGUUCAUUCGUCCUCUUUUUCCGACUUGGUUUCACCAUCCAAAUCGAAGUUUAGUGACGCCAUUUGAAAUUCUAGAUAUCUCAUUAUAACUAACAUUUGUAAUUUCUCUACUUUCACUAACAGAAUUACAUUUUGGAAUUACUUGUCUAGAAAUAUGAAAUUUUGUAUUGUUCA